AUGGCUGUUUGGACAAUUCCCGACAAAUUCUUUGCAAAACAGCCGUGGACAGAGGAAAAAUUCUGUCUUCUACAUCACCUCCUCAUGGCUUCUCCCUAUGGUCUCCUUCCAGAUAGGCUGGAAGCGUUUUACCCUAGUCCAUCGUCGUUCGACAUUUCACGAGAGAGAAUACAGGAAUGCAUUCACAUCGCCAUCAUGGAGGAAAAUAUUUGGAUGCUUUGUGAAUUACUGGCUUGCGAUGAAAGGGCAUAUCAGGCUCUUAAUGGAGGUGACAUUUUCAGGUAUGAGAUACGCGGUGAACAUUUCAUAGCUGCCGUAAACCGAUCCGAGAACCCAGGCCUUCUUCAGAUUCUGUUACGUGCCCACGCGGAGUCGAUACCAUAUGAUGACCCGGACAUUACAGCGUGGGCACUGAGGCAAGCGAAUCAUGGGUUCGGUCGAUGGCUCCUGGGCUAUCUCAUUGAAGUGCCAUCUCGAAGGCAGUGUGGAGUCACGCUCUUCACAGGCGGCUGGAAUUCACGUCGCCGCCGUGGCGGACGUGAUUAUCCAAAUGAUCCAGGAUGCUCCAUUUGGUGGGCCGAUUUUGAAAGAUAUGCAGGUCAAAACAAUCUUAUUUAG